AUGCAGCUAUCAUUCCUCGCCCUCAACUGGAGCCCACCGCGAGGGGAUCAUCUGAGAAAACUAGCAGAUCGCUCAGGUCUACUAAGGGACGCAAAGAAAGAGAAGAAGCCAUCGAAGAAUUCAAUAUCGCAUUUUCAGACCCGCGAGUUGCAGAAGCAGAAGAGAUUUUUGUUCCAGUUCCGCGAACCCGUGCAAGACACGUCUCAGAACCCAUACACCCAGACCUCUCACUCUUCGCACCAAACCCACGCACUCCCGCUUCGCCUGUCACACCUUCACCCAAGGAUUCCGCGAAAGGCGAAUUGUCCGACGAGUUUGAAGCGCAAGAUAACCCAAGGAACCUACCCCUGUGAGAUCCCUCAUAGACCGUCAGACGCGCCGUCAAGCACAACCCCUAUGACAGAAGCACAGCCAAUCAAGCAGGAAGACAUCGACGCUCUCCCUGCUGCACAAACUGGUCAAAUCAAGGAAAGCGGUUAUCGCCCAAACCAGUCAAGCUCCAUCACCGCAGCUGCAAGCGACCUGCCUUAUCCAUUCCACCUUCUCAACCCGUUUUACCCAUUAACCCAUCACAAGCAAGCAUGGCGGCAGUGCCCUUCAGAAUGCCUGGCCGCGCCACUGAUAAGGCGCCCAAAUGAUUAUGAAGACCUCGCCAAUGAGGCAAAUCUAGCGGGCGCAGAUCACAUCAAAGGCCUCAUAAAAUAUGUACCCACUAAGGAUAGGAACCUUUGGGCUGAAGUGGAAGGAGAGUAUUACCACGAAUUUACCAAGGUUUUGCAGACGCUCAAGAAGCAUGAUCGCGUCGGUAAAGCAGAGACAAACCGACUGUUCUUGGAGGGGUUCCCCUCAGGCGUGCAACAGCAAAUUCGCAACCAGCAUGAUGAUCAAGUUCCCAGAUCACCAUCCAGACGAUCCUUACCCUAUGCAAGAUGUGCGCGCAGCUGCGCGCUUUUUGCUUCCAGGCAUCACAUCAAUACCCGCAAUGCCAGCAGGCACGCAAACCACAUCGCCAUCGCCACAGGGCCAGCAACUCUCAAACGCCUACCUACCAGAAGCCUGCAAUGGGCGCAGUCGUCAAACAGGAAUACCAGGCCACACGUAGCUGGCAAUUGCACGGCGCAAGGGUUGAUAGAGGUUGACUCGUCCGCAUUCGUGCACACUAUCACAGAUGCGGAUUCAGAGGUAGACGACGAAGAUCUCGAAGUGCUGCGCGCUACACAGGCGUUAGCGCUAGCAACCACAAAGUGCGAUCAGAAGAAGGGAAAUGGACCUUACGCCCCCAAAGGAAAAGCGGUGCAAUUUGACUGGAGUAGAAGUUUCCAGCAAGCCUCUGAUGCGGUAGAGAUAGUCUCUCCUGCCGUACAAGCUUCGUCAGACAAAGGCAAGGCGCCAGAACGUGCGAAAACCACUGCAACGCCCUCUAUGUCAGCUGCCAAGCCAAAGAGACACCCAAAGUAUCUGAGAGAACUUAUGCGCACUCGAGGACAAGGAGGCCGAUAA